AUGGCUAAACUAGUUCAUAAUGUUCAGAAGAAGCAGCAUAGGGAGAGAUCCCAACUAGCCGGCCGCUCGAGGCUCGGUUUCUUAGAGAAGCACAAGGAUUACACUAAGCGUGCACAAGAUUAUCACAAGAAGCAGAAUACUUUGAAGAUUCUAAGAGGGAAAGCCAAGGAAAGAAACCCUGAUGAGUACUACCAUGAAAUGACUUCGAGAAAAGUGGAUGCGAGAGGACUGCUUCAUACUUCACGCCACGGAGAUGAAGAUCCAACGUUGAACAUGGAUCAAGUCAAAUUACUCAAGACUCAGGAUAGUAAUUAUGUGAGGACUUUGAGACAACUGGAGAAGAAGAAGAUGGAGAGGAAAUCGAAUGAGCUUUUGUUCGAGUCCAAUGGUAAGCAUACGGUAUUUGUAGACAACAGAACGGAUAUGGAAGACUUCACUCCGGAAAAGUAUUUUAAUACCACUACAGAUAUGGUCAAUAGGCGAGAGAACAGACUGACGAAAGAUCAACUGAUGUCCAACAACAUAUUCGACUCUCCAACCACAUUGCACACUGAGUCUUUAAACAAGAAGAAACUGAAAAAAUACAAAGCUGUGAAAAGUCACCUUGAUAGAGAGAGCCAGUUAAGUGCUGUGCAGCAGAGAAUGGAUCUGCAAAGAGAAGUAAUGAAGAAGGGUUCGAAGAAGAAAGUAGCGGAUGUAAGCGGUAAAGUAUCGUUCAAGUGGAAGAAACAACGCAAGAGGUAG